UGUGGCUUUUCCAAAGUGUGAGCAACGUACUGUGUUUGUCACAAGUGGGCCACAUCCCUGCAAUUGGCUUGGCUGUAGUUAAUGCUUCAUACCAACCAGUUGUCAAAUUGUCAAGCACACAGUCUCCUUUCAAGCUACAAAAGAUUCUCCAAGCCAUAAAAUCUUUUAAAGAGACAGUAAAAUGCAGAGCAAGGAUUUCAAAACAAGAAUUUCAAGACUGCAUACACUUAGGGAUCAAAACUGCACUAGAAGAUUUUGAAAACUUCCUCAAUCAAUUGACUGAAGGAGAAAAUAAUCCAGAAAAACUUCAAAUAACCAUUUUCUCUAUGAGAAACCUUAUAGACACACUAGACUACAUGAAAAUGGCCCUUCCUCUUCUCAAAAUAAAAAAUCUCUUCAAGAUUCAGGUUGUUGAGCUGACAGAAGACUUUUUGAGUCAGCAUCACCUGAGAAAUGAGCCAUGUUCUUAUACAUUUUUAGAAUAUAUUCAGGUAGCUGGAACUCUAAAGAAGUUGGAUGAGGUGAUGAAGCAGUGGUUGAUAUGCGGUGAUGUCGCCCAGCAUCUAAACCUGGUCAUACAAAAAAUAACUAUUUGGUGUGACGCUAGAGACUGUAUUAUACGACCCACCUUACCAUCACCUACCAACACCUCUACAGUGACAUCUGGAUCUGAGGAGGUAGCUGAUGACACUGACACACAGACAUUGGAAGUAAUUCACAGGAUCCCGACUGUGGGCAUUUGUGAGACUCGCAUGUUUGGAGAUCCAGUACUGCUUACACCUUGCCAUUGGCAGAACCAUCUACAUUCGGUACAACAUGAAGCACUUAAUCAUAAUGCAAAGUAUUUUGUAGAUGUUUGCAGUAAACUUGGGAUGAGUGAAGAAUACCUUAUAGCGAAAUAUGAAAAGAGAAACCAACCUGUGAGAUUCAUGCUGUUGAUGCCUGGAGAAGGAUUUUUGUUGGUAAAAGAGUUGGUAUCUGCUGAAAUGGCUUUUCCAAUACCUAAUAUCCCGCCAAAUUUGAGUCCUUUCUCCACUUUCAAGAUGGAUUCAGAAGUGACAACUGCACUCUCGUGUUUGCCUUCAAUCUCUACAUACGAUCCAAGUGAAUUCUCAUCCAAGUUGUACAAGCAUUUAUUACGGAAAAUUGAGCAUCCAAAACCAAUGCAACUGAAACAAGAAUCAACCUGUACAGAUCCAUCCCAUAAGUCCAUUGUUGUGAGUUUGGAGGUGAAGAAAAAAACAAGAGUGAAGAAGAAGAUUACUGAGGGAAAUAGGCUCAGAAGAAGUUUACACUUGGCAGAUCCACUUCCAAAGUUGUCUGAGAGUGACCAACAAACCCUGGCCCAGUGCUUGUCUAGACAAAGAGAAAAGUUCAAGUCUUCAUUGCAUCAAAAUGUUAAAUGAUACCCAAACUAGGCCUACUGCAGUGCUAAAAUUAAGAGAACUAUUAUUAAUUAGGGAUCUAGUUUAAAAUGUAAUGAAUCACAAGUCUUAGGGUUCUUGCAAAGUUAUUUAAGUUAAACAAUUUAACUGAAUUUAACCUAUACUUUUUAUACCGAUUUAAAAUAUCACUUAAUUCAGAAUCUACUGUUACUAAAAUAUUAUUUUUUUUUAAAGUUAAUCAAAGAAUGUUUUUAUUUGAAAAUAGCCUACCUGACUUAAAUAGGGAUUAUGUUUUAUUCUGAAGUGUUUCACUUUAAGGCUAGAAACAAAUACUUAAGUCACUCUAAGUUAAUGUGGAAUAGUAUACAGGGUUAGUUAUAGAUUUUGUGUUUAAUUGUUACCGUACCAACUAAGGGAUUUAUGUUAUGUUUAUAAUGAUGCUAUUUAAUAAAAUAAUGCUGGCUAGUUGUAAUAUUU